AUGGACCACUUUCCAGUUGGUCCAAGGGUGUCCGAUGUGCCGACGUCAUCAGCGUCGUCAGUGGCGCAACCUGUUAGCGCCAGGCGUCGUCAUCGCCCACCCAGCACCUCUGACACCAUAUCGACAGACGCUUCUGCUGGGUCGGGGUCACAACCCGCGAAGAAGAACACUCGGGGACCGUGUCGGCAGUUGAAGACGGCGAAGGUCACCCGGGUGACCAACAGUCGUAUCAACAUUGAAUACGACGAGCGGCAUCGGGCAGCCUCGACGGCGGAAUUGCAUAGCUCUUUGGCCCACGACAUUGGUCAUGUCGUUCGGACCCAUUGCCCUAUGCAAUGGAAGUCUUGGAAGGUCAUACCUGACGAGGUCAAGAUGGAGGUGCGCGAACAUUUGUCGGCAUUUGAUGAUCCGCAAGUCGCUCUUGAAGAGGGUUGCCCGACGGAGCUUGAGGGUCGGGAGGAUAGUUGGGCGUGGCUCUGCGCUCAUUUUCUGGCACCCGAAUAUGUGAAUAAGGCCACAGUAAAUAAGGGCAAUAGGAAGAAGAAGACUCUUCUCCACCAUUCAGGUUCCAGGCCCUUCUCAUAUAGGAUGGACGCACGACGACGGGCGGGGUCCAAAUUCCCGGAGAUCGACGUCUUUGGCGACGUUUAUGUUCGACCUGGGAAUGAGUUGGCCGAGUCCAUUCAUACGACGAUGGUGGAGAGGAGCCAGUUGGUUCUUCAGGAGUCUGCCUCCCAACUUCCUCCCGAUACUCCGCUCGAGUCUGUGCAUCCUCCACAGGAUGCGGGGUUUCAAAUCUUGACGGAGACGUUGGAUCAGACUCUCGGGAGGAGGCCGGGGACAUAUUGUCGAGGGAUGGGGAAUGCCCGGCGGCGGGAACCUAUACCCCGUUCAUCGUCGCAGUCAAACGAGGUGAUUGCUUUGACAGCGACGGUGGCCGAGCUUAAGGGUCAGAUGUCUAUGAUUCUAGAGUCCCUUGCUCGGUCAGGCAUUCCAAUCCCGCAGUUUGGUUCCUCCUCGACCUCCCAGCCCCCCCCAACCUGGCUACCAGACAUCUACCCCUGCCAACAAUGCCCAGACGUCCGAGCCGCAUCUCGCAGACGACCACGUUGA